ACUAGGCGCUGGCAGCUGCUUGGUGACGUGUACAGGCGGCGCUUAGCUGUAGUCUGCAGCGCGGAGACCGGAGGAAGAAUCGGUGACGGGAGUGUGGGGUGGCCCGGGGCCUGUGUGUGUGAGUGGCAUCAGCGGAAGGUGCAACCAUGAACUGGAACAAAGGGGGUCCGAGCGGCAAACGCGGUUUUGGCUUUGGUGGCUUUGCCCUUUCUGUUGGAAAAAAGGAAGAACCAAAGCUCCCACAGGUGUCCCAUAGUGCUUUCCGCGCUGCAACGUCUACCUAUGGCUCUGCCAAUAGCAACCAGCUUCCAUCAUUCUAUAAGAUUGGAUCUAAGCGUGCCAACUUUGAUGAGGAGAAUGCAUACUUUGAUGAUGAGGAAGAAGACUCCAAUGUGGACCUGCCCUACAUCCCAGCAGAGAAUUCUCCAACCAGACAGCAGCUUCGUACCAAAACCACAGACUCUGACAGUGAAGAAGAUCCUCUAGAGGCCUUUAUGGCAGAAGUUGAGGACCAGGCUGCCAGAGACAUGAAAAAACUUGAGGAAAAAGACAAGGAGAUGAAGAAUGCAAGGGGUAUCAGGGAUGACAUUGAGGAGGAAGAUGACCAGGAAGCUUAUUUCCGAUUUAUGGCUGAGAACCCAACAGCUGGGCUCCAACCAGAGGAGGAAGAGGACACUCUUGAGUAUGACAGUGAUGGUAACCCUAUUGCCUCAACCACCAAACGCAUUAUUGAUCCUCUCCCACCCAUAGACCAUUCAGAGAUAGAGUAUCCUCCUUUUGAGAAGAAUUUCUAUAUAGAACAUGAGGAGAUCACCGCCCAGACUCCUCAGCAGAUUGUGGAGCUGAGACAUAAACUUAACCUGCGGGUCUCUGGGGCAGCUCCUCCACGUGUAGCCAGCAGCUUUGCUCACUUUGGAUUUGAUGAACAGCUUAUGCAUCAGAUUAGAAAGUCUGAAUACACCCAGCCCACACCCAUCCAGUGUCAGGGUAUUCCAGUGGCACUUAGUGGACGAGACAUGAUCGGCAUUGCCAAAACUGGAAGUGGUAAAACAGCAGCAUUUAUCUGGCCUAUUCUAGUACACAUUAUGGACCAGAAGGAGCUACAGACAGGAGAUGGGCCAAUUGCCGUCAUAGUGUGUCCCACACGCGAGUUGUGUCAGCAGAUUCACAGUGAGUGUAAGCGGUUCGGAAAAGCCUACAAUCUGCGUUCUGUGGCCGUGUACGGAGGAGGCAGCAUGUGGGAACAGGCGAAGGCUCUGCAAGAAGGGGCAGAGAUAGUCGUCUGCACACCGGGACGUCUUAUUGACCAUGUAAAGAAAAAGGCGACCAACCUACAGAGGGUCACCUACAUUGUAUUCGAUGAAGCUGAUCGCAUGUUUGACAUGGGUUUUGAAUACCAAGUUCGAUCUAUCGCUAACCAUGUGAGACCCGACCGACAGACCUUGCUGUUUAGUGCCACGUUCCGGAAGAAGAUUGAGAAGCUGGCCAGAGAUAUUCUGAUCGAUCCCAUCCGUGUUGUUCAGGGUGAUAUUGGAGAGGCCAAUGAAGACAUCACUCAGGUGGUGGAAAUUCUCCCCUCUGGUCCAGAUAAGUGGACCUGGCUGACUCGCAGACUUGUGGAGUUCACAUCCACAGGGAGCGUCCUCCUGUUUGUCACCAAAAAAGCUAAUGCUGACGAGCUUGCCAACAACUUGCGCUUGGAGGAUCAUCAAUUGGGACUUCUUCAUGGGGACAUGGACCAAAGUGAAAGGAACAAGGUCAUCACAGACUUCAAGAAGAAGAAUAUCCCUAUCCUGGUUGCUACAGAUGUUGCUGCCAGAGGUCUGGAUAUUCCAUCAAUCAAAACUGUCGUCAACUACGAUGUAGCGCGAGACAUUGACACUCACACUCACCGCAUUGGUCGUACGGGCAGAGCAGGUGAAAAAGGUGUGGCCUAUACACUUUUAACACCAAAAGACAGCAACUUUGCUGGAGAUUUAGUGAGGAAUUUGGAGGGAGCCAAUCAAUACGUCUCCAAGGAGCUGCUGGAUCUGGCUAUGCAGAAUUCUUGGUUCCGUAAAUCCCGAUUUAAGGCUGGAAAAGGCAAGAAACUGAAUGUUGGUGGGGGUGGACUUGGCUAUCGAGAACGUCCUGGACUUGGAGCAGAAACUUCUGAACGUGGAAUUGGUGGUGGUGUAAUGAGUAACUAUGAGGCCUUCAAACCUACAGGAGGAGCCAUGGGAGAUCGACUCACUGCCAUGAAGGCGGCAUUUCAGUCACAGUACAAAAAUCAUUUUGUUGCUGCUAGCUUGAACACACAGAAAACAGGAACUUCGACCGUUAACUCUGGAGCUUGGACAAGUGCGGGCAGCUUAAAUUCAAUUCCCAAUUCUUCACCCCAGCCUCUUCCAGCAUCAUCUGAACCGGUUCUACCUACCUCCAGAGCAAUGCCUGGCUUUACCAGCAGUGGAACCCUCAGCAGUAUCCCAAUGGCUUAUCCAUCCAUGGGUAAUCCCAGCUUCCCUGCCACCGGCCAGUAUAGUAGUAAGGAGGGGUCUAGUGGCAGUAGCAGCAGUAGUAGCAGUAGCAAAGAAAGCAGUGGGAGCCGUGAUAAAUACAGUGAAGGUAGAGGGAGACAUGGGGAUAGUCAGCGGCAUGGAGAUGGACAUCGCCAUAGUGACAGAGAUGGACAUCGCCAUGGAGAUGGGCAUCGGCAUUCCAGCAGUGGCAGACAUAGCGAAAGUCGUAAUGGGGGUGAAAUGAGGAGAGAGAGUGAUGGGCGAAAGGAGAGUUCCCGGGAUAGUGAGGGAAGAAGAGAGAGCUCACGGGACAAAGAUGACAGCCGGAGAGACAGCUAUGGAGACAGUCGGAAAGAGAGCUCCAGAGAUGGAGAAAGCCGUCGAGAGAGCUCACGAGAUGGAGACAGUCGCAGAGAAGGAUCCCGAGAUGAUGGGAAAGGGGAAACUUUUGCUAUACCGGAUCCUCCUAAGCGCAAAAAGAGCCGAUGGGACAGUUAAAUUCCUUGAUAGGAAUUGGCUGGUUUAGCUAAAGCUGCGUAUCUUUGUUCUCGUUUUUUUGCUUGCAAUUUUUUUUUUUGACAAAGUCCGAAACUGAAUGUUUUGUCCCCCCGGAGUCGUGAGACAAUAUGCCUAGUAACAGCAUAUUCAAACCCACAAUAGGAUGUCCCUUAUUCCUACGCUUCUUUGUGUAGAGCUGUAUAUUCUGAAAUUCCCAGUUGUAUCCCAUGCUUCGUACAGUACACAAAGUUAGAGCAUCUCAAGUAGUGGCCAUCUUCAUCAAGAACUCUUUUAGUCUCCCAACUGUGCGUGUUUAGAUUGUUUUGUUUUUGUCUUUUCUUUUUGUUUGUACAUAGUUUAAUUUUUUUUUUCUUUUCAUGUACUACGUUCUCAUUUCACAAACAAUGAUUAAAUGAAAUUCAAGUUUUG